UGAUCCCCACAUUGCAAGUGUAGAUAAUUGAUUGAUUACAUUGCAAUUACUUCUCGCAGUUGCACUUCACUUCACCUACACUCCCAAGGGUCAAGGUCAGUGGUGGAACACCGAUUCUUAUCCUUAUCGCGAGAAUGAUAGCCUUAAGCUUAACUACUUAUUAAUUAAAAUAAAAUAGUAACUAUCUAGCAAGAAUCCGCAACGUGUAGCACAAUUCCGAAGAAUGAGCGAAAACGUCUUUGACGAAUGGGAGGAAUUAGCAGGCGAUUACAAAGAAUUAGAGGCCACUAACCGAAUCUACCAGCAAAAGUUGCUCGAGCUCGACGAAUAUCAAAAGAAAUGCCAAAAGAACAUCGCGCACCAAAGAUAUCGUAUGGGAAUUCUCUCGAAGAACUUGCACAAAUUAAAAAAGCAGGGCAAAGAGGACAAGACCCAGAUCGAAGAAUUGGAAACUAACAUUCUUAAGCGCACUGCGCAAUGCUUCGAGAUCGAACAAACCUUGCCCAAACAAAAUGGCAUUUAUUUAAAAAUCAUCUUGGGCAACGUUAACGUUUCGAUCUUGCACAAGGAGGAAAAGUUUAAGUACAAGGACGAAUAUGAAAAAUUCAAGCUAGUCUUGAGCGUUAUCGGAUUCGUUUUCGCCCUAUUAAAUCAAGUGAUACGAUUUCGGCCGCUCGAAUUAAGCUACAUAUUUCUGUUGGUUUGGUAUUAUUGCACGCUCACGAUCCGGGAAAGCAUUCUGAAAGUGAACGGCUCACGAAUUAAAGGCUGGUGGCGUUUUCAUCACUUUUUUUCGACGGUUUCGGCUGGUAUCCUGCUAAUUUGGCCCGAUACUGAGGCGUGGAAUUUGUUCCGCGAUCAGUUUAUGUGGUUUAACGCGUAUAUCAGUGUCGUGCAGUAUCUUCAAUUCCGCUACCAGAGAGGCCAAUUGUACCGAUUAAAAGCACUAGGCGAACGUCACAAUAUGGACAUUACAAUUGAAGGCUUUCACUCGUGGAUGUGGAGGGGGCUCAGUUUCUUAUUGCCAUUUUUAUUUAUCGGUUACCUUUUCCAACUUUACAACGCAUAUGUGCUUUACAAGUUAAGCUUUCUACCUACGGCAACGUGGCAUGUACCAGUACUCAGCUUUAUGUUCCUCGUAUUCUUCAUCGGGAAUACAACGACAACUGUGAUGGUUAUACCAAAUAAAUUGAGGGAGAAGGUGAUUUUACGUUACAGAUUAAUGAGCCAAAGAAUUAGCUUCGCGAAGAAUCUAAACCUGCAAGAUAACUCUGAGAGGCUGGACACAACAAAGAUAGAUUGAAAACCUACAGAAUAUCGCAUUUAAAAAAAAUUGUAAAUUUUUAUAAAUGCUUUAUUACAGUUGUGAAUAUUUUAUUAUAUUUAUUACCAGUAAUAUUAAUAAAUAGUUUGUGUAAAU